AUGGAGCCACUGAGUAGUGAAGAUCUAGCUGAAUCUUCUGCAAAAUCUUCGACGGAUGUAGAACCAUCAAGUUCGAUGUCAAAGACAACACAGUCUGUGGAAGAGUCCGAUGAUCACCAACCAUCGUCUGCAGAUAUGUGUCGUGUGUGUCGGGGUGAAGAUGGUCAUCUGUACUACCCAUGUCUUUGUACCGGAAGUAUAAAGUAUGUUCAUCAGGAGUGCCUCACGGAAUGGUUGAAAUACAGUAAAAAAGAAGUCUGUGAAUUGUGCAACUACAAGUAUUCAUUUCAACCCAUCUAUCGGCAUGAUAUGCCCAAAGCAUUACCUCUCGUGGAAAUACUCAAAGGCGUUGUGGUAAAUGCAGCAAUGAUGUUGCGAACGUGGCUGGUUUACACAAUGGUUCUGGUAUCGUGGCUCGGUAUAGUUCCGCUUACUGCGGCAAGAAUAUACCACGCUGUGUUCUAUCUCUCUAUGCAGGAGAUUCUCGUUCUCCCUCUUAGUAUAUUCCGGACUGAACACAUCUUCCCCGAUGUUUUCAAGGGUUGCUUUUUACUAAUAAUAUUCAUAUGCACGUUCAUCUCUCUCGUUUGGCUACGAGAGCAAAUCAUUCAUGAGCAAGCAGACGCUAAUCCGAACGGUGUGGUGGAACAAGAGCUGCAGGAGAACCGUGGAGACGGAGCCGCUAAUGCAGGCGAACAGGAUGAAGUCGAUGUAGGUGAAAAUGAGGAUUACGACGAGGAAGAACUGGAGCACGUGGAAGUGGAUACAGAAGGCGAACAUGAAGAGGUGCAAGCUAACGAAGCUGUGGAAAGAGAAAAUGUCGUCCGAGGUCAACCAGAACUAGCUGAUCACAUACAACCACAACCUGCAGCUCCGCAGCCAGGAGUAGAAAUACCACCUGCGGAGGAUAACUGGAGAGACUUAGACAGGCUUGGCGACGAAUUAACAUGGCAAAGGCUGCUUGGAUUGGAUGGCUCACUAGUUUUUCUGGAACGUGUCGUUUGGGUAAUAUCUUUGGACACUCUAUUCACAAUUAUGUUUGCAUUCGCACCUUACAAACUGGGAUACUUCAUUUUGAGCAAAGUUGGUAUUCAACAGUCUAUCCAUUAUUUUCCAUCAAUCGCUGCUAUACUAAUGGGAUAUGUUAGGCAGUCACUACAGGUAAUUACCCGUGCUGGCACUAUACUAUUUCGUUGGAAUUCUGCGUUUAAACAGAAGCUUUUCUCUGCAUCACUGUCUUCAAGAGCUGCCUCGUUCGCAGCGUCACCAACAUCGUCCGUGUUCAUCCACUGGAUGAUUGGAAUGGUGUAUGUAUUCUACUUCGCGUCAUUUGUUCUUUUGCUACGUGAAGUUCUACGACCAGGAGUAUUAUGGUUCAUGAGGAAUCUAAACGACCCUGAAUUCAAUCCUAUACAAGAGAUGAUAGAACUGCCAGUAACCCGUCAUUUGCGCCGUCUGGUCGCUUCAACGUCGUUAUGCUUUACAACAAUUUUUCUCAUCGUUUAUGUUCCUCUAUGCAUUGUGCAAAAGUUAUAUCCGUCGUUACUUCCAUAUAAUAUGAGCUUAUCCGCUGACACACCCCUUAGCGAGCUCUCUUUAGAGCUUCUGAUACUUCAGGUAGUUCUUCCGGCUCUCCUCGAACAAACUCAAGCUCGUUUCCUAUUGAAAGCAAUGGUUUUAUGGUGGUGCGUGCACAUCGGCCGAGCUCUUAGUUUGGAUAGGUACAGUGGAAAUUUCAUUAUUUAUUUUGUUCGCGCACCAAGAGUCGCGCUACACCCUCUAUGCGGUCAGACAUAA